AUGGGUUUCAAGUCUUACUACCAAUGGGUUACUCUUGCUCUGGCAGCGACUGCUGCUGCGCAGACAAGCACCAGCUGCAAUCCUACGAAGCAGAUUUGCCCAGCAGACACCGGUCUGGACAAGUACCGUCUGAGCACCGACUUUACCUCCGGAUCACUCAGUCGCUGGAAAACCAUCGCCGGCACCGUAACUACUACCGACCUCGGCACCAAGUUCACCGUUUCCAGGCAGGGUGACGCCCCGACAAUCGAAAGUGAAUUCUACAUCUUUUUUGGUCAUGUCGACGUCAAGAUGAGAGCCGCGAACGGCACAGGCAUUAUCAGCACCUGGGUCCUAGAAUCAGACGACCUUGAUGAGAUCGACUGGGAACAAGUCAGUACCUACAGCACGGAAAUCCAAACCGACUACUUCGGCAAAGGCAACACAACCACCUACGACCGCGGCACAACCGUGAUCGUCUCAGCCCCAGAAGAAACAUUCCACACCUACUCAGUGGACUGGACAUCCGAACGCAUCGAGUGGCUCGUUGAUGGCCAAGUCGUGCGCACACUCGAAUACGCCGACGCUGUCGACGGCAAAAACUACCCCCAAACCCCCAUGCGUAUCCGCAUCGGCAUCUGGGCCGGCGGCGACCCAAGCAACGCCGUGGGCACGAUCGAGUGGGCUGGCGGCGAGACUGAUUACACCAAAGGUCCUUUCUCCAUGUACGUUGAGUCGGUCGAUAUCAUCAACUACAACCCGGCUUCGACGUACAGGUAUACCGAUCUGACUGGCGACUACACGAGUAUCAAGGCUACUAACGCUACGACCUUGACUGACUUGAGCCCGUUGAACUCGAGUUCUAGUGUUGCUUCGAGCAAGACUUCUGAGUCAAGCAAGACUUCUGAAUCAAGCAAGACUUCUGAAUCAAGCAAGACUUCUGAAUCAAGCAAGACUUCUGAAUCAAGCAAGACUUCUGAAUCAAGCAAGACUUCUGAAUCAAGCAAGACUUCUGCGUCGGCUAAGGCGACUGUAUCGGCUAGUGCUUCUGUAUCGGCUAAUACUUCUGCAUCAACUAAUCCUCCUGCAUCGGCCAAGGCUAGCUCAUCUUUGGAUGUUUCUUCAUCGGCUUCGGCUUCGGCCGCUGCUUCUUCUGUGAGCUUUGUCUCUGCUGCGCCAGCUUCUUACUAUACUUCUAUAAUUGCCAUGGCCCUGGGAUCUCUUUUUGCUGGGUUGAUUCAAUUCUAG